AUGGGAGAGUGGGGGGUUGCUGUGUGUUUGAAGGCGCAACAAGCCUCUCAUGCCGCAGUGACGAACAGCAGCCUACUUCCCGUCAUUCCACCCACACCAUCCCCUGGCAAGGACAACAGCAGCAACGGCAGCGACGCAACCGGCAGCGACGGUGGCAGCCCGUCGAGCUUCCUCUCCGCACUCCAGGAAAUAAUCCCUUCCGCCACCUCCGUUGCUGCUCCCUCUGACCCCUCCUCCUGGCCUGCCUUUCCCCCCUCUCUUCCAUCGCUCCCCCCUUUGCCCACGCUUCCGCCUCUUCCCAAUCUACCCCCUCUCCCUGCAAUGCCCAUAAUGCCCACAAUCCCCUCGAUGCCACCGCUGUUGUCGCUGCCCGAUGCCAUUGUGCCGGCCAUCUCGUGGCAGAGCAUAGUGGCAGCGUUGACCACGCUGGUGCACGGCUCCACCACGGACAUAGGCUGGCUGGCCAACCACCCUAAGCUGCCUGCUGUCAGGGACCGCACGGACCAAUAUGCACGCACGCUGCGCCAAGUCAUGCAGGGCCAUCACUCACUCCCUGACGAUCUCAUCUACCUCCUCAUCCCAGGGCUAUUCAGCAAUCUGAGUCCGCUGUAUCUCUUGGACACCAGGGAGCACUUCUCCUCCCUCGGCCUCACAUGUGAAAUCGCCAAGAUCGACAGCCAGGCAGGUGUGGAGGCCAACGCGCGUGUGCUGCGGGACACAGUGACAGCGCUGCUGGCAGGGAAGGCGGAUGAGGGCGAGGAGAUCUACGCCCAUGGCUUCCCUUCCCAGGUCAGUGCCACCAGCGCCACUCACAGCAAUGGGAGCAGCGGUGCUGCUGCCGGGGACGAGAAGAGUGCCAAACGACAAAGAGUGGGGGAGGGGGCAAUGCGCAGCAAGAGUGAGACGGGCAACGCCAGCGGCACAGGAAACGGAGGGAACAAGAGCGGCAACGGGAGUGCUGACGGCGACAGCAACAGCAACAGGAAGCGGCGGGUGCUGCUGAUAGGGCACAGCAAGGGCGGGCUGGAUGCAGCAGCCGCACUGGCGCUGUUCCCGGCACAGUUGAACAGCAGCACGGUGGCGGGGCUGGUGUGCAUGCAGAGCCCGUAUGGUGGCACGCCCAUGGCCUCCGACAUUCUCCGCGAGGGCUCCCUGGGGAACGGCACUCUGCGGUCCGUGCUGGAGCUGCUGCUGGAUAAGCUGUUCAAGGGCGACAUUCGCUGUCUUGAAGACCUAACCUACACGCGCCGCCACGCCUUCCUCUCGCACCACCCGCUCCCCCCCUCCAUCCCGUGCCUCUCCUUCCACACCAACGCCUCCCGCGCCCCAGCAGUCAUCGUGUCGCUCUCCACCAUCACGCACACCGAGAUCCCCUGGCUCGCCCGCACCUCGCAGAAGCUCGCGCUCGCCUUCCCUCUCUCCGCAGCCCUGGCUGCACUCUCCCUGUACCUGGAGAAUCGUUAUGGCGCGGAGAGUGAUGGGCUGGUGACGCGGGCUGAUGCGGAGGUGCCGGGGUCGAUAGUGGUGCGCGCUAGGCGGCAGAUGGACCAUGGGUUCAUGGUGUUCCCGUCCAUGGGGCAGAGCCGCAGAGCAAAUGGGGGCAAUGUUCCACACCAUCCAUCCAUUCGCCCAUAG